AGAGAGAGAGAGAGAGAGAGAAAGAGAGAGCACGUUGUAAACGCAGGCACGUACAUACGCAGACACUGACCGACGAAGGGGCCACGAGGGCCCCGUGGAAUUGUGCCUAGGAAAACAUGGAGUGUCCACAUCUUGCUCAAAGCGUCCAAUUCGACGGUAACGACGUAGAAGCGAAUUGUACGAAGGAUCUACCGUUCAUCUGUGCAGUAUGUGGCACGGAGAAAAGUACGUGGCUCUGUCUAUACUGUGGAGCCAUUCACUGUGGACGAUACGUGGCAGGCCAUGCAUUACAGCAUCACGAAGAAAAUACUCAACACUGUGUUUACGUGUGCGACGAGUAUGUGAUCAACGAUACGACGAGUGGCCAAAUCGAGAAAAUACGUCGCGUCACGUUUCACAAGGACGAGCACAAGGAGAAUGAGGAGAAUUGGAAUACGUCGCCGUCUACGACACCGUCCUCGAGGAGAGAUAACAGCGACGAGAACGACGCGGAUGCCCUGUGGAAGGCAGAGGUGGUCGUAAGGAACCUCCGGCCAAGGACAGCGCGGAAGAGGCUACACUCGUUGGAUAGUACGAGCGGGGACAAUCGGCCGGCGACCAAGCGUAGGAGUUCCAAGAUAACCAAAGAAAAGAAGGUCGUCGGCCUAAGAAAUCUCGGCAACACCUGUUUCAUGAACGUCGUGUUGCAAUCGUUCAACAACAUCAGCCAUUUCUGUGAAUAUCUCACGCAGAUGCCGUGUCUAGAGGGCAUACCGUUCGACGAGCCACCCACGCACAGAGGGCGAAUCGUCACGCCUGGUCGAGCGAAAGAAUUCAUGAGCGACGCCCUGCUGGCGGAGGAGCUGAGGAAGGUUCUCCUCGGUCUGAACCUUGGUGGCUCGAACGGUCAGGCAAUUUCGCCCGAAUGUCUUUUCCUUGUUAUCUGGAAAGUCGUGCCGAGAUUUCGAGGCUAUCAGCAACAAGACGCUCACGAAUUUCUCACCUACAUGUUGGACAGACUGCACACCGAGCUCUUGCAAUUGUUGCCCAGACUGGGACACGAGCCUCUCGGUCUGCGCGGCAAGCAGAGCAUCGUCACGGCUGUGUUCGGAGGCACCCUUCUUAGCGUGGUCCACUGCAUGAACUGCCGUACAGAUUCCAAGACGCACGAGCCCUUUCAGGAUCUUUCGCUGGAUAUACCGGACAGACUGCAGAGACGAACGAAAGAACAGGAAGAAGUGUGCAGUCUCACGUACAGCUUAACGAGAUUCUUCAAAGUCGAAGAGCUGGCCGAUAGCGAACUGUACUUCUGUGACAAUUGCAUGGGAAAGCAGAGAUCCACCAAGAGGUUCUGGAUACAUAGGCUGCCUAAUGUGUUGUGCCUUCACAUUAAGAGAUUUAGGUGGUGCAAUUCCUAUCGUUCGAAGGUGGACACACAGGUAGAUUUCCCGAUGAAAUCGCUUGAUAUGUCUGCAUUCACGGUGCGUGGCGUGAAUGGAACGAAAUUGGGCGCUUCGAAUAGUCAUCUGUACGACUUAGCUGCCGUUAUUGUACAUCACGGUUCAGGUGCCGGAACUGGACAUUACACUGCCUUCGCUGUUCACGACGGACAAUGGUUUCACUUUAACGAUAGCUCUGUACGACCAGCAACCACGGACGCGGUCGCCAAGUGUAAACCUUAUAUUCUGUUUUACGUGCGGAAAGAAUUCUCCAUUCCACCUCCUUUGUGACGUCGUUUCCCCAGCCAGUCCCGUCCUGAUGGUGCGAGCUUCGACGACGAUGACGAUGAGCGAAUGAACAAGAAGUAAGCGAAAUUUAAACGAAGCGAAGUUGAAACGGCCAGACGGAAGAAACCAGAAAAAAAGACCCACGCGAGCAUUUCAAUGUUUCUAAAAGAGGAAGGAAGAGAACGCCCAUUUUGUUUUCCAGCGAGUUUUGUUUUCCGGCAUUGUUUUCUUCUCUGGAAAGUGCCGAUCACUCAACAUCGUACAGUAGUAGCUAAACUCUACAACGACUAGCACGAUGUACGAGUAUGAUAUUUAUACUUCUAUCCUCGUGGUCGUCCGAAGCGAAACCAAACUGGUCAAGUGUUCGCGAAUGAGCGACGAUUAAAUAUUUUUUUAUGUAAUACAUACGUGUUUCGUUUCUAUUGAUUUGAGUUCCUUCGUGAAACGUAUCUCUGAUUUCUUUUCUUUUUUUUUUAUUUUUUAUUUUUU